AUGUCUACCACCGCCCCUUACGCCCGCGAGCUCGAAAUCGCUCAACUAGCCGUCCAACGCGCCGCCAUCCUCACCAAGCGAGUUUUCCACGAAAAAGCCAAAGGCACCGUCUCCAAAGACGACGCCUCGCCCGUAACCAUCGGCGAUUUCGGCGCCCAAGCCCUCAUCAUCUCCGCUUUGCGCGCUAACUUCCCCCACGACGCCAUCGUCGCCGAGGAAGAGGCUGCCCAGCUGCGCUCCGACGAGAAGCUCCGCUCCUUAAUCUGGGGGCUGGUCAAGGAGACCAAGCUGGGGGAUGCGCACGCCGAGGAGGAAUUGUUGGGGGGCGGGGUGAAGGAUGAGGCGGAUUUGUUGGAGGUGUUGGAUUUGGGACGGAGUGAAGGGGGGCGUGUGGGACGUGUGUGGACGCUGGAUCCGAUUGAUGGGACGAAGGGCUUUUUGAGGGGUGGGCAGUACGCGCUGGCGCUGGCGUUGUUGGAGGAUGGGGAUGUUAAGGUUGGGGUGUUGGGGUGCCCGAAUUUGCCGGUGGAUGAUGAGGCGCCGUUGGCGGCGGAUAUUGGGGCUAACCAGACGGAUGAUGAGGGACGUGGGGUGAUUUUUUCGUCGGUUAUUGGGCAAGGGGCUACGAGCCGGCCGCUAGGCACGGCGGGGUUGGCGGAGAGCAAGCCGAUUCAGAUGAAGGAGGUUAAGGAAAUGGCGAGUGCUAGUUUCUGUGAGAGUGUUGAGUCGGGACAUUCGAACCAGUCUGAGGCCGCGCAGAUCGCGCAGAAGCUGGGUAUCACCAAGCCGAGCGUGCGCAUGGACUCGCAGGCCAAGUAUGGUUCUAUUGCUCGUGGGGCUGGGGAUAUCUACCUGCGUCUGCCGACGUCUAAGACCUACCAGGAGAAGAUCUGGGACCAUGCGGCCGGCGACCUGAUUGUGCGCGAGGCUGGUGGUCAAGUUACGGAUACUAAGGGCCGCCGGCUCGACUUUGGCGUCGGCCGGACAUUGGCCGAGAACAGUGGUGUGAUUGCUGCACCCGCGGCCGUCCAUGGUCAGGUUCUAGAGGUUGUCCAGGAGGUUCUGGGCCUAAAAUAG